ACAUAUAUCUAUGGAUCUGAAGCCUUUUUAAAGCAAAUUUUAUUAUAGGAUGUAAAUGAUCAAUGUGGAAAAGAACAAGGUGUGUUUAUGGAUGCAAAGGCUUGGGGGGGUUAGGGUUUAUUAUGGGAUAUGGAGAGGAAAUCAGUCCCAUUUGUGGCUCUUUUAUAAAUAUAGCUCUUAAGAAAAGAAGCUGGCAUGCGGGGCGCGUGUAAAUCUUUCACAUAUGGCUGUUUAUGUGUGGCAGAGAUUGGGGUUGCUAAAAAAAAGUGCCAGUAGGACAAUUUGGCUUGUGCCCUCUGUAGCUGCUCCAGAUGGAAGAGGAGGAUGCUGAGUGCUAGUGAUUCUGAGCGAGAGGCAAAUCCUCCAGAGAAAUCAUCUCCUGAGAGAGAGAAGAAAAAGGAACGAUCAGAUGCAUCCAGUUCACCUAGAACUUCAAAACACCAUUAUUCAAGGUCACGUUCCCGAUCAAGAGAAAGAAAACGAAAAUCAGAUAAUGACGGAAAAAAAUACAGAAGUCGGAGCAGAAGCAAAGAGAACCAACUUCUUCUUAAAACAGGCACGAAGACAUGGGUCCAAAGAGAAGUCCUCCAAGAAGCACAGACCUGAAGAGCAUAACGACAAAGACCACCCUGCAGAUAAAGGGAGGGAGAGCCUGAACUCUUCGGAGAAUGGCGAGGAUCGGCACAAGCGCAAGGAGAGGAAGCCCUCCAGGGGACGCAGCCAUUCAAGGUCUCGUUCGCGGGAAAGGGAUUUGGCGUGUGAUUCCAGGCGGCACCGUAGUCGAAGCCGCGAUAAAAAAAAAUCCCGCUCCCGAAGUCGAGAGAAAAAGCGGCGCGUGAGAUCGAGAUCUCGAUCCAAAUCCAGACACAGGCAUAGAAGUCCCAGCAGAAGCAGAACCAGGAGCCGGAGCAGGGAAAGAAAGAAGAGACCCGAAAAACCACGAAGGUUCAGCAGAAGUCACAGCCGAACUCCAAGCCCCCCGCCUUUCAGGGGGCGAAACACAGCGAUGGAUGCCCAGGAAGCCUUGGCCAGGAGGUUGGAAAGAGCAAAAAAAUUGCAAGAACAGAGAGAGAAAGAACUGGUUGAGAAGCAGAAACAACAGGAAAUGGUUGCCGCGGCAGCUGCCACCGGCGGGUCAGUCAUCAACGUCGCAGCUCUCCUGGCCUCCGGGACACAGGUCACUCCUCAAAUAGCCAUGGCAGCUCAGAUGGCAGCCCUGCAAGCGAAGGCUCUGGCCGAGACAGGAAUAGCUGUUCCCAGCUACUACAACCCAGCAGCAGUGAACCCCAUGAAGUUCGCCGAGCAAGAAAAGAAGAGGAAAAUGCUGUGGCAGGGCAAAAAAGAAGGGGAUAAAUCACAAUCUGCGGAAAUCUGGGAGAAACUGAAUUUCGGAAAUAAGGACCAAAAUGUCAAGUUUAGGAAGUUGAUGGGUAUUAAGAGCGAGGAGGAAGCCGGGGGUAGCAGUUCAGUGGACGAGGAGAGUUAUAAGACUUUGAAACAGCAAGAAGAAGUCUUCCGCAAUCUGGACGCACAGUACGAAAUGGCCAGGUCACAGACACACACCCAAAGAGGAAUGGGGUUGGGCUUUACGUCUUCAAUGCGAGGAAUGGACGCCGUUUGAGGAAAACGCCUUCGGACAGCUUUGAGACUCCGACCAAGAUUCUGUGGUUGAGAUGUUGGCUUCCUCAUUCACCGAAAGCUGGCGUCCUAGCUUGCAUGGGUGUUAACAUUGACUUUAAUUUAUUGACAUUACAAUUUUUUUGUAAAUACCAGAUCAGUGAUAACUGGUGUUCCAUGUUGUAAUCAGGUUAUUAUGCUCACUUCCAUUGUACGCGCCAGAGCUCCGGAAGGAUGCUUCUACUUCUGUGGUUCUCAAGACAGAACAGCCGAGGGUGAACUCGCCACACGGAUAUUUUGUGUCCACCACCGUCUCUCUUGUGUACUUUUUGUACUUUAAACUUGUACAGUUAUUUUCAACUCUUGGAACAUAAAACACAUUGUGUUGGUGUUAAAAACUAGCAGAUCGGGCCCGUGGGUACAUAAAUGCAGUGCAACAACCUGGUUAAUAAAACAUGUUUUUUUCUCUA